UUCUGAGAGAGCACAUUUGCUGUAAUAGGCAGUUAAACCUCAAAGGGAUAGGAUCAAAACAAUCUGCUGGCAGCCAAGAGUUUCCACUUUAAGGUGAAUUCAUACAGGCAUCAGAAACUAUAUUGUAAGAAAGCAGUUCUGCAUCCAACAGUUGCAAGGUCACCAAUGGAUGCACAAUAUUGCAGACCUCUGUUUCUCCUAGUGAUCAUUUUUUCCUUUACUCACUCUGUGACGCAAGCCUAUGAUUACACGGACCUUGGAACCUACCCCUUAUUUUCCAUCGACUGUCCCAAAGAAUGCGUAUGCCCGUCUAGUUUUCCACAUGCUAUAUAUUGUGACAACAAAGGCCUAAAAGAAGUACCACACAUACCAUCAAGAACCUGGUAUUUAUAUUUACAUAAUAAUCUGAUAGAAUCCCUCAAAGAAGAAUCCUUUGCUAAUGCUACUGAAAUUAAGUGGAUUAAUUUAAGUAGAAACAAGUUAAGCAACAAAAACAUCAGUAAAAGUCUGCUGAAAAGUUUAAAAAGCUUGCUCUAUUUAUAUUUAGAUGACAAUGACCUAGAAGAAGUACCAGCACCACUGCCAGAAAGUAUAGAACAAAUUCGAUUGGCAAGGAAUAAAAUCUCAAAGGUUCCAGAAGGUGUGUUCAGUAAAUUAGGGAAUUUGACUUUAUUAGACUUACAUCACAAUAAGCUCACAGAUAGUUCCUUUCAAGCAGAUGUGUUUAAUGGCCUAAAGAGUCUUAUGCAACUCAACUUGGCUAAGAACUCCCUCAAGAAAAUGCCACCAGGCCUUCCUCUAAACACUGUUCAAUUGUAUUUAGAUAAUAACAACAUUGAAGAAAUCCCAAAGAACUACUUUAAUAACAUACCAAGAAUAACUUUUAUUCGGUUAAACUACAACAAGUUAUCAGAUACAGGUGUACCAGUCAACGUAUUUAAUGUCACAUCUUUAUUAGACUUGCAAUUAUCUUACAAUGAGCUGACAGCUGUGCCCAUUGUCAAUGGCCAUUUGGAGCGUCUUCACCUUGAUCACAACAAGAUAAAAAACAUAAAUGGAAAUAUUCUUUGUCCUGAAGUUGUGAAAGAAGAAUUUGACCCACACUUCCCUCAUGGACCCCGUCUCCGUUACCUGCGCCUGGAUGGGAAUGAAGUUCAGCCACCUAUCCCACUAGAUCUAAUGAUAUGUUUUCGGCUUCUUCAAACAGUUGUUAUUUAGAAAUCUCUGGUACUGCAAGUUUUGCUGGAAUGAAACUUGCAAAAACACUUACUAGAUUAUCAUUAUGAUUUUUUUUUUUAAACAAGGGAAUUUAGGCUGUGGUUUUUAUUGUUCCAUUUGCUAUUAAUGUGGAAGGCAAAGGGCAAAGUGCAAAAAAUGGGUGCUACCUGACUUUUUUUGCCCUUUGCAUCCUUCUUUAACUCUAGUUAUAUUGCCUGCAUUGGCCAGUGCUGUAUUUAUGAGGGUUAGACAGGGGGUGACAGAUCAUAAGGACAGGGCAGACCUGAGCCAGCAGACACUUGCACCUUGUGCUGAAUUUAUUUAUCUGUUGUGGAGUACAGAGGGCAGCCAGGCCUCAAACAGAAGUGUCCUCUACCAGAGUGUGCCCCUUACUGCUCUUGCACUUCUGGCCAGGGUCUUGGUAAAUGACUAGUCUCAAAUCCAUGAUGAUGCAACAUGUCACUUUUUCUCAUUUAUUGCUGCAUCUAUUGUAUGUGUGUCCUUAUUAAGACCAGUGCAAUUCCUUUUUGUAUCCACAGAUUUGCAUUGCAUCAUUUUUAAAUCUAGAAGUAAAAUGGUAAAACAUACAUAUUGUAUUGAUAUUUGUUAUUUGUUAGAUUUUGUAAGGUGUACAAGGAUACAACCUCAAGGGACUACAUGUUAUGAGCCAGAGAAACGAGGUUAUAACAUGUUACAUUAAUUAAAUUAACCACUGACUAAUGCUCAUGUAUCCAUUUGAUAUUUGUUUUUAUAUAGUAUAAUAUACACAGAUGUCAACUUUGGAACUGGAAACAAUAAAAUCUGAUUUUAAAAAAAUUG